AUGGCAUCCCCGUCGUCGAAUAGGGAGUCAAACACCCCCGAUAUGCAUGCCAAUGACCGCCUCACCUUUCUCCUGGCUGCCUGCAUCGGUUUAAACGCCACUAUCACAACUAAAAGCGGAGAGAGGUUUUCUGGCAUUUUUUCGGGAUCAUCGUUGGAGUCGAAUAACUCCUCAUUUACAUUGAAAAUGGCGCAACGUUGCUCCUCCCCACAAGCAGACAGCGGUCGGUCGAAUGGACUUAGUGACCCUUCUAGCCCUUACAUUGGAUCGGGUGUGGACCAUCAAAUGAUUUUCGAUGUCCAAGAUGUUGCGGAUGUUUGUGUUGAAAACGUCUCGACCACCGGUAUUGCCGCAAAGGAACACAAUGGUACUCCUACGUGUUUCAAAACGGAUACAGACAUCUCUGGCGCCCAAGUAUUCCGAGAAAGAGAACUCCAACCCUGGGAACCGGGUACAGAUGCCCCUGUGGACAUGUCUUUAGAGAGCACAGGUACGACGAGCUGGGACCAAUUUGAAGUAAAUGAACGUCUUUUCGGAGCCACUACAAACUACGACGAGAAUCUGUACACGACUCGAAUAGAUCGUUCCGACCCAUCGUAUAAACGCAAAGAAGCUGAGGCGGCUAGAAUUGCACCGGUGUUCGCCGUGAAGAUUUCCCUCCCCUCCAAUCCGGACAACCUAAUAAGUAUACGCCACCUGCAAGACGUGCGCCAACAAGCCAACCUACUGUUCCCGGCGCACCAGUUGAUCCAGCAAUCAUCAGCGCCCAAAUCGCGCGCCCCGACAUACCAUCCAAACAAUCAAGCCAGCCCAAGAUUAACGUCACACCUUCUCAAAGUACCACUACUAACGCCACCGAUGUGCUCAAAGAUAAAGCACCAGAAAUAA